AUGUUGACUGCUGCAACUGCAAAUACAAUUGCUAACUCACCACCAUUGCCAAUAGGUUGGUCUGGCCUAUUGCUCUUUCCUUGUGCCUAUUUCGCUUUACGGGGUUCAUUUACAGGUUCAGCAGGUCAAAGACAUAGACAAGCUGGGCUUUAUGGGUCUGGUUCAAGAAGAGCUUGUGUUGAUAGAAGCGUGGUACAUUUUCAGAUGAGACCGGUGGGGAUUGGUGGAGGGUUGUCACUUGAGACAAGAAAACCAAUCACACCAAUCGUGGGGUCUAGUCGAAUGCAGUCUGCUUCUGUAAUAUGUGCUUCUGCUUUGAAUGCCAGAUGUGCUACAGCACUACAAACCAAACCUGUUACACACCAGGCUCCAACAAUCACAAGUCUUCCCCAGAAGAGGAAUUCCCUGCAACAUAAGCUUGAUGAUAGUGGUAAACCGCCUCGUAACAAGGGAAAUGAUGACGGUGGUGGUAAUAAUGGGAGGGGUCGACCUCCAAACAACGGAGGAUCAGAAGGCUUCAUUUUUUUCGGCUUUCUUCUUUUCCUGAGCUACUUGAAGGAUUUAGAAAACGAGGAUUCUUAUCGAGAAAACCUGAGCUACUUGAAGGAUUUAGAAAACGAGGAAUCUGAAAUAAUGGGUUCAACACUGACACGAUUGAAGCUGUGGGAUGAGAAACUCUACAAGGAUUUGAAGUACGAAAAGGAAGCCAUGAAAUCAGAUAAGAGCAAUCCCCAUGCAGAAACCAAGAAAGAGGAGGAUCAGAUCAUAAACGGUAAACGCCAAAAUUAA